AUGGAGUUCUUCUUGCUUAAUACUGCUAUUUCUGAUGUUUUAUUUUUCCUUGAUGGUUUAUUCUUUCUACUGUCUAAAUUGUGGUUAGGUUUCAUUUUGUUGGCACUGUUUUUUCAAGGUUUACUAUUUGCCGGUCGUCCUCUGUUUCAGUGUUUGAUCUGUAUGGAGCGUUAUCUGGCAGUGGUUCAUCCUGUAACCUUUCUGAAGUACAAACCUCUCAGAUAUAGAGUGAUGUGUUGCACCGCUGCUUGGUUAAUUUGUCUCGGAUCAUGUUUCUUCUGCUUGUUUACUUUAAUGUCAGGCAACACAACUGCACAUGUAUUGCAUUUCUCGAUUCUUUUCCUUAUCCUGCUCCCCAUUCAGUUGUUCUGCCUUUCGGCCGUUCUCAGAGCUCUGAAGCAGUCCGGACCGGGAGCGAGAGAAAGAGAGGAAAACCUUAUGAAGAAAAGAGCAUUUUAUCUUAUUCUGUUGACAACUAUAAACAUGAUUUUCAUGUAUGUUCCAUUCAUUAUCAGUGGAUUCAUUACCAUUGUGAUACAUGCAUACAUUCCAGAAGUUUGGAUUCCUGCUAUGUUAUCAUAUGGACUGGGGGGGUUUUUACAGCCUGUUUUUUAUCUACACAGAUGUGGUAAACUCACCUGCUGUGCUUCAAUCUAA